UGCUUAUUAAUGCGGUCAACCUAGCUUGCAGUGUGGUCGUUGCGGAGCUUGUGAGUGAUUCUCUUGUGUCCCAAACUGCUCUCCUCUGCUUCCUCGGGCUUUUUAUAGCUCUCAUGUCGUCAGUGAGUUCACUGUGAGCCAGUCGAGCGGUGAAUGACCGCGCUGGUGAGUAACCGCGGCCGUGUGUAGGCCUCUGUCGGAGCCCCGGUGUCAGGUGUUCUGUGUGGCCGCCUCCUGAAGCCUGAACUGCCGAACGACGCGCUGCGAUGGAGCGGUGUGCUUCACUGCAGCAUUAUAAAGCAGCCAUGUUGCUGAGCGGUGUUGGGGAUGCUCUUGGUUACAGGAACCAGCUGUGGGAGUACAAUGAGUCUGGACCACUUAUUCACCAGGAGCUGCAGGAGCUCGGUGGCUUGAAGAACAUCAAGGUGGAGCUUCCCGACUGGCCGGUGAGUGACGACACCGUUCUGCACCUGGCAACAGCUGAAGGACUGGCAACUGGGAAGACGGGGGAGGAGCUGCUCCAUGAUGUGGCUGCUCGAUAUGUGGAGGGGAUGAAAGACAUGGACGGGAGGAAACCAGGGCCUUCCAGCAUUCUGGGAGUGUCUCAGCUGAGGCCGGGAGAGGAAGGUGGAUUCAGAGUUCCCUAUAACCCACAGGGGACGGGGUGUGGAGCAGCCAUGAGGUCCAUGUGCAUCGGCCUGAGGUAUCCAAAGCCUGACCAGCUGUUGUCUCUGGUAGCGGUUGCCGUGGAGACAGGAAGGAUGACCCAUCCUCACCCCACUGGAUUCCUGGGAGCCGUAGCGUCGGCCCUGUUCACCGCCUACGCCGUGCAGCGCAGGCCGAUCACCACCUGGGGUCUGGGUCUGCUCAACGAGGCCUGUCCCAUCGCCAGGGUCUUUGUCCAGGGCCGAGGUUUCGCUGUGGAGGAGACGCAGAGAGACUGGGCGUACUUCUGCGACAAGUGGCAGUGGUACCUGGAUGUGAGGGGCCUCUCCCAUGGGCUGGGCCCCGUGACCUGGCCCUCGUCCUAUGGCCCAGCUGAGAGAGAUGAAGCCUACAAGAGCUUCAGCCUGUCGGGCUGGGCGGGACGCAGCGGCCAUGACGCGCCCAUGAUUGCCCUGGACGCUCUGUUGGGGGCGGGAUCAGACUGGGAGGAGCUGAUGAGCAGAGCGGGCUUUCAUGGAGGAGACAGUGACAGCACAGCGGUGAUAGCCUGCUGCUGCUGGGGUCUCCUCUACGGUACACAGGGGGUUCCCCAAAGUAACUAUGCCAACCUGGAGUACAGGGAGCGACUGGAGCACAGUGCCGAGCAGCUCUACGCCCUGUCACACUGAGGUCACCCCGAGGUCACCCUGAGGUCACCCUGAGCGCUGGGACAUCACGUGUCCUGACCUGUUGCUGUGAGAGAGACACUGACACAGAGAUGCUGUUUGUGUCGUCACUGAACCUCAAAGUGUCGUGUUCCACUAACGUUAAGUCCUAACAUGUGUCAGUAUAUGUCGAGGGCUCCCCCUGGUGACUGUUUUAAAUUAACACAACAGCUUUACCACUGAGUAGAACGAAUCCAACUUAAUGAGAAUAUAAUCAGACAAAGUGUCUCCCGGGAGUUCAUUCAUUUGUUCUGUCAGCGUGAAAUAACAACGAAUGUUUAAUGAAGUUCAAUUUAAAUGUAUUAUUGUCCGACUGUAACAUGAUGCAAUGAAUUAAACCAACAGAGCUUUGUAGUUGAGUUGAAAACUUUA